AUGGCGGACGAGGAGCUGCCGUUGGAUCAACUGCUCGAUGACCGGUUACGAGCCGCAUUAGAGCUGGAAGAAAAAUUGAAAGAUAACUCGAUCCAAGUGGCCGGAAUCAGCAAGCUGCGCAAUCGGCUAGCUAGCGAAUUGAAAUUUCUACGAGGGUUAUCAGACGGCAAGAAGCCGCUGGAGAAGAAGUACAUCGAGACCUCGAACGUCACCCACUUCGAGAACCUCUACAACGCCAUUGGAAGAUACAAAGGAGCCACCGCCGUGUUGCACACGUUUGCGAUUCUGGACCGAGAAACGAACGAAACGCUCAAGCAUCAAGUCGAUUUGGUGGCUGAGGGCGGAAAUCUCUGGAUUAAGGUAAUAUCACGAAAUGCCCGGCGAGUGGCGUUAGACUGGAUUUCCGGCGCGACGCGGUCAAUCUUCGACCAAGCGGCCAACUAUCUAGAGAUGUCCUGCCGGUUCCCGCGCAACUACAUACCCCCGAAGACGGUGUUCCUCUUUCAAGCCGGUGUGCCCGAUCGGAUGGCCGCGCGGUUACGGGCCAUGGGUGUGAUUGUCGAGGGGCAAGAGCUCCCAUUCAAUUCGCUGGCCAACGUACCGGAUGACCUCCUUGAAGCGCUCGAGGAGCGGGAAGACGAGCGAAAGCUGCCAUUUGAUAGAUCAGAAAUUGACGAAAACGAGCAAACCCCGAUCAACCUUGACGUGAGCACCGUUUUCCUGCUCGUCUCCAACUUGACGCAUCCAGGCGGAACGGAUCAUAGAUUCCCGAGUCAAUUGCUUGAAGAACAAGCGGCCUGGGAGCGCGAGAACCCGGAGCGGGAAAAGGUGCUGAAGCAGAUCGAGGGCCGCCGCUGGAUCAUCUGCCGAACCGCCUACGACAAUGUGCUCGACAUUGUCAAGACGGUCGCGGGGCCAACCGAGAAGAAACGCGUCGACGAACUUAUGGAAAAAGUGGAAGUUGUCGACGACCAAACGUCAGAGAGGGUCGAGUCACUCGACAACUUUGUCUACACCAAUUUACGGUCUAAGGUAAUUUUCGGCUCCGGUGAGUACUAUCGGGCGAUGACCGCCACUGCAAGCAAGCAUUUUGUCUCGUCGGCCUACCAUCAGGGCGUCACACUCAACGUGCUGCUCCACUCCCCGCGAGCCCUCAGCGAGCAGAAAGAGAUGCCGCUCGAA